AUGAGUGGUAAAGAAAAACCGGGAGUGACUCGACGACUCAAUCGAGGAAGAAGUGCGCCAGACACCAAAUGUAAAACUGAUUCAGGGUGCUUUGUGGAUGAGGAACUAGAACGAAAUGGUAGUGCUAGCAGUGACAGCUCACAGGGAUCAAUAAAUUCAUCGCCUGUAACAGAAUUAGAUUCUCAAAGGACCAAAGUGAUAAAUAAGAAAACAAAAGAUAAUAUCACGGCAUCUGUAGCUUCAAGUUCUGAGCCAACAGUGGAAAAUGAGGCAAAUAGAACUUCUGUCUGUAUGCAAAAUGUCAUGAGUAAGGAAGGAGCAGUUAAUGAUCAAAUCGAAUGUGCACACACGCAUGAUGAAGACAGAGGAGGCAAUGUUGUGGAGAAAACAAGGCGCGCUAGUGACUUUUAUUGUUUAUAUUAUAGUGCAUCACCAGAGAGUACCUUGACAAGGUGCGGUGUUAGUAAAGUCAGGAGUAAACCUCCAGUGCCACCCAAACCCAAGCUUAGGAGAGGCAGUGCUCCUCCAUCAAGUUUUGAGAAAAUUGAGAGAAUUCAACAACAAAAUAAAGACAUCACUAAACGGUUCUCUUAUAAUGAAUGUCAAAAUGCCAGUGUAAGACCUGAAUGUACUGAAGUUGAUAAUUUUCCUGACUGUGACAAAUGGAAGUCUGUUGAAGAACAUGUUCUGUUCUUUGAAGCGUGUGUCAAAGAUGGCUUGACUGAAAGAAAUGAUUUGUUGAAAAAUGUUCAAGCAAAGAGCCUCAAGAAUUCAUCUGACGAGGCUUGUGUUGGCAACACAGAGGUCAAUGUAGAAAUUCAUAAUGGUUUUCACUGUUUUGAUGCUGAUCAGAGUAGCACGGAAGAUGUUGCUCCUAUUGUAGACACUGAGAGGUUUUCACUUGAAAAUAAUAAUGUCUGCAAGUCUGUUAUAUUUAAUGGUGAUGUUCAAGAACAGAUUCCUCCUCUGGUUGAAGAGGAGGAAUUUACUGUUGAUGGAAGUAUCCUUUCACAAUCCUCAAUAAACGGUGAACCUUUAAAUAGCAAUUGCCACCACAGUAAGAUACAAAGAGACUGUCUGGACUCUGUGAGGGAAAUUGAUGAAGUUGAUUAUGCUGAUCAUGUUGUUGUGGAUGAGAAUCAAGAGGGAGUGAGCAGUUCUUUUGAUGAAACUGAGAGACAAUACUCUGAUCCACUGGGGCCAUCAGAAACUGAUGUUUACACAAAUGGUAUUGUUAGUAAUAUUCACAAUGGAUUUGAAUUUGUUGAUGCAUCUGAAGCAAGAGGCAGUCACUUACCAGAUCACUCAAAAACACAUUGUGGGGACAUACGUCAACUUAGUUGUAGCAGUAGGACAGUGCCUUCUCUUGAAACCGCCAGUGGAAUAGAUUUUAACGAAAUUCUUGUGAAUCCGAGGCUGAGUGAAAUCAAACAAUCAUCUUUGCCUGGUUUUAGACAGCAGGAUAGAAAUAUUAGGCAAAGACGCCCAGGGUCAAUUUCUGGUAUUCCGAACUUGGAAAGAGAUUUGAGUUCUGAGAUGAAAAGAAGAUCUUGGUCGUUUAUUGAGACACACCUUUUAGCGGUAAACUCUCCUUUGGAGUACAAUGUUCACCAGGCUCACACACCCAGAUUAAGAACAACCUGGCAAUCGGAGAAUGGUCUCUCAUCCCCUUCUGGAAGCUUGUUUCACCAAAAAAGACUUAUGCAAAGCUCCAUAAACACCAUAAAUGUCUCUCAAGAAAAGAUGGGUUGGAGUUCCCCCAAAAGAACUGGGCUGUCACCCUUUGAUCAAUCUGGUUACACAUCUGAUGACAGCAGUGUGCAUUCAGAACCACUUUUCCAGCCACAGCGACGAAGACCUCAAAGUCUGGCUCAUGGUCACAUUUUUAAAAGUAUGUCUUGUGAUUCCAGCAUUUCUGAUAUGGACAAAAGGAGGUCCUCUUUCCCUGAGAGCGAACAAAAGAGAUUUCGUCAUUCGCUAGGUAGCAGGGACCCUGUAUUUGCUCUAAGGAGACAAUCAUUUGAAUUUUCAGAGGAUCCACCCCCAUUUCAACAAAUCCGGGCACCACGCCUUCAAAACCUUAGGCGUACCUCAUCAAAUGCUAGCUCCUCAAGUGACUCUGAAGUUGAAAGGAUCUUUAGUGAACCUUCAGCUCCUAGGUAUUGUCGCUCUACCAAAACUAGUGUCCACAAUGGUUUUGCAAGUUCCAAACCUAUCCGCAAAGUAAGUGCAGUGGAGGCCCUCUUUGGCCCUCGGUCCACUAGUCCACUAGUUAAGAAUGUCACACCGAGCUCUGAUUUGGAGGAAAUGGGACCAAAAAGUAUUACUGAUAAGUAUUCUCUGAAUUCAUCACUCCCCUUGGCAGAGGAUUUUCUUCCUGAAGAACUUGAAGGAGAAAUGGCAGCAAUCACUGAUCCAAAAGAGAUUGAAGAACCAAGGCUGGAGUUUGAUGAUACUGAUUACAGUGAGUUCUACACCAGGUGUGAAGACAAAGAUAGCAUAAUUUCAGCUGAAGCACUGAGUAUUAAAAAACUUCUGGAAUCCCCGCAGACAGUUCUUCCAGACCCUGAUAUUGAGUCUGUGGUGUUGUCUGUAACAGAAAAAAAGACGUUUUCACCGUCUUCAGAUGAUAAACAAAACCGUGUGUGUCAAGAGGAAUUGAACGACAGUGACAUGGAUGAUGAUGAGCAGGCAAUCUCUGAAGGUAAAAACUCUUCUAGACAGUUUUACAGAUGGCACAGAGGGACUCAAACGCCACCGGCUGAUGUUUUCAGAGCUUUAUCACCAUCACCUUCAGUGGGAACUCAAACUCCACCUCUGUCUGUUUCCCAAGAACUGCUUCCACCAUCACUGUUAAAAGAGUUACAGAAAGAUUUGCAAUCCUCAGUACCCUCAACAGGUAGUAAAACAGUUUCUCCCACAUCGUCUCAAGAACUUGUUGAUCAGUUGUCAUUGCUGGGGAAUGUUCAAGCAGCUCCUUAUACUGCUGUGACUUUUGCUGAUACAGACAGGACAUCUUGUCAGGGGAAUGACAAAGCUGUCUCAGUUGAAGAGCUUUUACAGCUCCUUGCCACCAUGAAAGUUGGGUCAACUGAAGAAGUGCCAAAACGAAGACCAGUAUCUGUACAGAGAUACAACCAUUCUCCCACACCCCCACUUAAUGCAAAAAGCAGCAGACCCAACACCAUUAGUCUACCAAGUAGUUGGCAUCAUCUUAACAGCCCAGUGCAAAGACAGAAUGGAAGUCAAGAUUUGAAGCGGCCUAGAGGUGUCCCACCAAGAUCUUCUAAGAGUUUUGAUUGCUUGAGGCAAGGAGUCCAUAGCAAGGACAAAACAAGUGGUGUGACACAAGCAGAAGCUGUUAGAGGAAGUACAAGUAAUGAAGACAUACGUAAAAAGCUCAAGGAAUGGACCUCUACUCGCAAGUCGCAGCUCUUUGAAGAAGAAGUUGAGUGCUUGGAAGGAAAGCAUAAUCCAACAAAAGCUAAUGAGGAGAAAACUCUGAAAGUUUCAUAUGAUGGAAGUGAAGCAACGGAUAACAUUGAAACACUUAGCAGGCUAACAAAAACUCACAGCCUGAAAAGACCUCGCAGAGACAGAGCCUUUUCUCAGAGAGAAAAGAAUGGGCUUGAAGUCAACAGCCUUGAUGAAAAACGGCGUUUUUCGCUCCCUACACCUAAAGCAAAGCCGUGUGACGAAGAAAGGAAAGGUGAUGUCAAACUUGAGGACCCCGUCACUAGUUCUGCAACAGAAGAUAGCAAGUUUAAAGACAUAUUAUUUGACUCUCUAGAUGCAGAGGAAAUUGUAACUGAGGGACAGCUGCAAGAGAUAGCUAGCCCUGAAGGUGUUGAUGUAUUUAUUGACUAUAGAAAAAAGAAUGGGUUGCACAUUACCAGUACUCCAAAACCCCCACCCUACCCUGGCGAUAGUUUAGUUUGUAGGGAGGGUGGGGUGGGUAAAAAUAAUACAAACAAUACAGACAUGCCUCGCAGUGAGAAGCCAGCCAGUGUUAAAGGUGCAGAAGAUGUUCCUACCGAUGUAGAGUCCCAAGGAGAUGCAUCAUCAUCAUCAUACUCUUCUGAUGAUGAUCACUUUGGAGAAUUUGGUGGUAGCACAGACACCGUUGUUUUUGUGGACACGGAAGCCAGCACUGGUAUUUCACUGGUUUCUGAUCUCGGUACAAUGGACCUUAAACUUGUAGGAAAUGACAAUUUGUUAUCAGUUGAUAAUAAUGAUGAUGAUGAUGAACAGGAUGAGGCUAGCCUUGAUGUGUUAUUGGGAGAAGUACGCAGAUCACUUAAUUUGGAAGUUGUGGACUCUGACAUCUUGGAUAAAGCCAUUGAAAGGUUCAAGCAGAGGGUGUCUCCAAGCUCUCAAGAUAAGGUAAAUAAAAUUAUUUUGAUUUCUUGAAGGUAUGCCUGGAAAAAGCCACAAGUGAAUUCUGACUAGCUGUCAGGUUGUGUUUGUUUUUGAAGCAAAAAUGGGAUUAAACAUUAAAUCAAGAAUCAUUUGUCGGGUGUUUUCUGUGUGCUCCUUCAUUUGAAAAUUUUUUUCUAAAUUGAGCCUACACUGGCCCUGUCAGAAUUGUGCAUGCCUUGUAAGUUCCACUGUACACUUGUGUGUGUAUUUGCUGUAUGUAAAAUCUGUUUGCAGGUUAACAAGGUUAAAAUCUAUUCUGAUGUUUAAAGCGGAAUUUCCUUGAUUAUUAGAGCUAGGAAACAAAGGCAAUUCUAAAUCAAACUAGGUUGAAAUACUGGCUUAACACGAGAGCAGAUCUUAUGUACAACAUAUUCACUAGAUUCUCAACUGUACAAAAUUUUACACUUCCUUAAACUCUUUGGCCAAAACAUGAAUAGGGCAAUAUUGUAACAUGAUCUGUUGAAAGCAUGAUUUUCCUCAAUUCAUAUUAAUUACUUGUCAAUCAGCCAUGAGUCUGUGUCAACAUGGUAAAAACCAUUUGGGGAAUGCUGGAGGAAGGAUUAGUUCAAGGCCUUUUCUACUAUCAUUUUUGACAAUAUCUGGUCCAAAAAUCACUAGCUUCUUUUUAGCACAGUGUUGAUUUCUCUCUACCUAUAUAUUCAGGUAUGGUAAUGAAAUAAUUUUGUGAUAACUUUCGUAUGAUAAUUGAGGAAACUUUCAGAAAAUUCAGGUUUUCUUUUUGGAGAUCACAAUUAACACAUGUACGUGGAUGUGAAAUGGACUAAAAACAUCCUUGUACAAUCUUUUGGAGUUAUGCUCCUUUUGCCUCUCAAACAUCAUUCUCUGUGAACAGAAUGUACUGAGUUGAACCUUCUUUAAAUUAAUGUUUGAUCAAAAACAUGCAGUGUUAACAUUUUAAAAUGGAGCCUUAAUUUGAGUCUACGGGUGAAUUUAUCUUGAAUUGUGAUCCUUCACAUACAUGUAUGUACCAUCAUGUCAAGCAGAACUAACCUUGUCAAGAAGGAAAAUUCUGUGUACAUUUGGUAUUAGAAUUAACUAUUGGUCAUGUUGUGAAAUUAAUACUUUUGCUUUAUGUACAUGUGUGGUACCAAGUCAAGCUAAUUUUUGCUUCUAUGAAGUAGUUGAACUUUUAAGCAAUUGACAGUAAGUCUGAGGAAUCUCUUAUUAAUUCAAUGUAUAAUAACAGAUUGAAUAUUUAUCUAUAAUGUAUUAAAAUAAUGAUAUUUUUUGGCACAAUAAUUGAAUAGGUGCUAAAUUAUUGUAAAAUCCAAGAAUCUUUGGUUAAAACUCUGAGACUGCAGUGAACAGACUCCAAGAAGUAAAGAAACACAGCAAAAAGAGGCUUUAAGACUCAUCUUGAACAGUAUUUAGAGAUUAAGGUUAAGCUUUUGUCACUCUUAAAUAAAUGGAAAUGAUUUAAGCUUGCCUCUUAUUUAAUCAAAGAGCAAUUUUGUUUGUGUGUUUCUUACCAAGGAAAUGGAGAAGGAAAAGUUCUUGAAAAUAGUAAGGGAAAUUCUGGUGAAGUUAUCAUAAGUCUUUUGGAAGCAAUUUUCUUGAAUUUUGGGGUGAAUGACAAUGUCUUGUAAAGUGGUUUUGAAAUUGUGCGAUGUGACCAUUCAAAUGUUUUUUUUUUUUUCAAAUGGUAUUAUUUUUUUCUGUGACAUGACAUUUGGAUUUUUGGACUAAUUUUGAGUUUGGCCACUUCUGGGUGUGAAAGAAUAAAUUCAUGUUUAGUAACUUGUGUGCAUUUAUGAUCUAGGAGACCCUUUUAGGAGGCUUACUCCUAAUGUGUAUACAUUUGCAUUUAAAAUUUAAGCCUGUAUACUAUUGAUGUGCCCUGUCAUCAUUUGGAAUCUAGUAAAACUUUUGGCUGAAAGAUGGCAUCUUCCUUAGUGCUGUUUAUUAUUAUGAAGGCUAUUAUUGUGUAUGAAUGCUAUUUUAUUUUAAAUAUAGUGGUAUUAUUAGUGGGUUUUAGGCAUGGGUAAAAAGAUUAGUUCCAUGAAGCAUAUGUAUAAAAAGCACUUUUUAAUCCCUUUUUUUUUUCGUUUGUUACAUUUAGUGAAAUUUUUUCAAGAUUGGUAUGCUUUACUCGCUGACAAGGGUUUGAUUUACACCUGUAGAGUUUUAGUGUAAUUACACAUAUUGCAACUUGAUCAUAAUAUUGUUUUGCCUGGUCUGUUUUUGUUUGUUCUCCAUGAGAACAAAAGAGCUUCUAGAGAGCAUUAAACUUUAAUCAUCCCUGCUGAAAUUUUAUCAGUUGUUGUCCUGAUGUUUUCUUAGUAAUUUAAUUGCCAAAUUUUGAUUUUGGUAGAUAAUUACAGGCCAUGACAUGUCUUUGUUCCUUCUUGUAGGCUCUUUCUGGGGGACUGAGUAUGGAAGCCUGUGUAGCUUUGCAUCAAGCUGACGAACUGCAGGGAAUAAUCAGUGAAAUUAAGGUUAGUGGGUUUUACUUACAUGCAUCUUACAACUGUAAAUAAACUCUAUUUCAAGUGAAAGAGGUCUUAAAUAAAAACUAUCCUGUAUGCAGAUGUCGCUUAAUAAAAACAGUUUAAAGCUUUUCUUAAGCUGAACAUUUUUUACAACUGCACAAAUUCUACUGGGAAAUAAAUACAAUCAAAUCUCAUUUCACAUGUAAUUCUGACAGUAAAAGUCUUAUCAAUAUAUUGUUUUUAAGGAGGGAGGUAAUAAAGUUAAGUCUUAAACUCAACAUCCCCUCAUAUCCUUGACAGUCAUGUUUUCUUGUCCCAUCUUCUUGUACCUUUUUAAAUACUUAAAGCUAGGAUGUGUCCUCCAUGGCUACCCAAGACUUUGCAGUAAAUUAUCACCAAGUUUGUCUGAAUCUGAUGAAGUUUACUAUGUUUUGAUAAUUUUUAAAGCACAGGGAAGUUAUUGUUCCCAUAUUGCAUGCAGUGGCUGCAUGAUAAUGUAUCAAAAUUUUCUCUUAAUCUUUAAGGAGAUUAACAUUAAUCUAGAUGAUUGAAAAAAGCCACAUGUCUCCCAUCACAGAAAGUAACAGAGGUUAGGUUAUUUACCUAUGAGCUUUGUUACCUCAAUUUUGGGAAGCAGAAAUUAAAAUAAUCUAACUAUGGCACUCUAUAAUUACAGACUGUAGGCUGAGAUGUUUAUUUUUCCUUUUGUUCACAAGGUUUGAACCGUUUAAUUGAACAACAGCGAAACACUGUUGAUUAGUUGUUAUAAAAUUGUAUAGGCCUCUAUAAACUGACAUCCACUGCCUGUAAGACUAUCACUCUUAUUAAAACAGUAUUACAAAUACUAGAAUAAUUAUAAAGGCUGAGCAAAAAAAAAAAAUAUAUGUGUAAGCUGCAGGGCCGUCACUAAGAUUUUAAGUUUUCAGGCAUAUGUAAUAUUAGUAAGCAGUGACUCAUUGUUCUGUAAAGAUAACAACGGCCAAUUUUGCGUAAAAGAAGUCUUAAAACGAGGGAAUGACGUUUUAAGUAACUUAGCUCCUCCUAGGGUGAGGCCAUGUCUCUCACUCCACUGAACCUCCUUCCCCCCCUCCAGGAAAGUGCAUUGCUGGGGUAUAUUUUUUGCCUUACUGGCCAUACAAAUCAGAAUGGUCCCUUACCUGCUGAACUAACAUUUAGGGAGAACACUGGAUCAUGUUCCCGUAGUAACAGCAGGAAAUCCCUUUCCCCAGCCUUUAGUGACAGCCUUGAGACUAGCAAACAGUUGUUUAAUAGGAACUAUGACCUCAAAUUGACUCAAUGCUCAGCUGGGAUCUAAUUUGACCUUGGUCGUUACAGUGCAGCUACUUGCACCAGGCCACUUGGAAGAAGAUUUUCCAAUCACAACGGUUUUUGAAAACAAAAGAUUCUCAAGUUUUUUUGCAAAUGGACCAAUAACAUUCAUGAAUUUGAGGGCUGUUUCCUGAGGGGCCAGGUAGGUUCAAACCGUUUUAAAGUUUUCAAUGGUUGCAUUGUUGAACCUUGAAUUUUAUUGGUCCAUUAGCAAAAAAACUUGAGAAUCUUUUGUUUCCAAAAAAUGUUGUGAUUCGAUAAUCUUCUUGUAAGUGCCCCAGUUCAAGUAGUCGCAUUGUAAGUAGACUUGCAAAUUAAGCCUCAGCAUAGGCAAACCCAUUACCUUUAUCCCUCUGCUAUUUUGCCAAGUAAUGGCUCCUCAAGUGGAAGGUCUUACAUACACCCACUGCGCCAAUUCCGAAGUAGCCCGCAAAUACAGCUGUCUCUCCUCGUUUCUUGCUGAAGGAGGUGCAAACAUCUCUCAUGCAAAACUUUCCUGGCAGUGAGGACGGAGGGGAGACGUGGCUAUAUUUGCAGUCUUGCUUCCAAGGGCAUACCCCUGCAUUUGAUUAUGAUGUCAAGUUAGAAGGAGAUUUGAUAGGUCUCCGUAGAGUGGCAAAUUUGACUUCCACGUAGGAGUGGUGAAUUAAUGAACAGAGUUGAUUUGUUUUUCUAGGGAGAGCUUAAACUACUCCAUGAGGAGAAUGACAUGCUGCGUGAACAAGUUUCUACUUUGGCCAAUCAUCAAACAAACGGAGAAGUGUCAGAGAACAGUAGCACUGAAUCUUCAGAGAGACUUGAAAAUCUUUACAAACUUUAUAGGCCCAAGCAUGGUGAGUCUUGCCAAAAAAAAAAAUUAUUAUUUUACAGGACAUUGCAUGUUACUUGGUAGAUAAGGAAAAUAGAUUGCAAAUACAGGUGUUUAUUGGUUUAGAAAAAAAUGGUUAGUUUUUUAGCCAUAUGUAUGUAGGUGUGAUAUCAGAAAUAGGAGUUGAACUGGGGAGCAGGGUGUGAUUGUAAAUUGGUGAUUGUACGUCUAUCUACAAGGCUGUCAGUAAGAUUUCAAAUCGCUGGGUAUAUAUAAUUAGUAGGCAGAGAAUUGAACAGAGCUAGGAAGUUCUUUUGGUUUUAUAUUCCUUUUGUUUUGUAUGAAAGUAGCCCAGGAUUAUGCAUGUGGUAGCCAUGAUGAAUUCUCCAGUGCCUGGCCCUCUGCCCUUAGUGACAGCCCUGGUCUACUGUAUUUUUGUCUAUUUUUGACAAACAUACAUUGCACUUAAACAGUAUUUUUGAAAAAUGCAAAAGAUGUUCUAUUUUCAACUGCCUGUAAAUCUGUUAGUUAAUUUGAUGAGGGUUUUUUGUGUCAGUUAAUUCAGAUGAUGAUGAGGGGGAUGCGGUUGAGGUUGAUGUUUGUCUACGAGGAUUUUCUACUGUGAUGCUUGGUUGUCUUCCAUCAAAGGUAAAUUUUUGCAGCAGUUUUAGCCUUUUAAGCAUUCCCUGUGGUGCUUAUACUGAAAUAGACUCUUAACUUAACUUCUGAUGGUGAAUGUGAUAACUAGUGCCAUAAGGGACAAAAAUAGGUUUUUCACCAUUUUCUUUUGAAGGCCAUUAUAAGGCAACUCCGAAAGUACAUUAACUUGCAUUGUCGUAAGUGGCAAUUCUAAAUCUCUUAAAGCACAGUAUCCUAUUGAUCCUUUGUCCUGUUGUAAAAGGCAUGAUUUAGUCUGUAGCUAUAGCAAUGGUGAUCUCUUCACCUAAGAUAACAUGUUAUUUUCACAUGUGAAGAUACGAUGUUUUCAUGGGAAAGCUCACCUGGUAUUUCAUUGGUGGGCAUUGGUGUUUAUAUAAUAAGUGUCUGUAUUCAAUCUAACAUUGUUACCGCAGAAAGAAGACAUCCACUUGGGAACAGUCACUGUAAAGGGAGCAGACUGGAAUGGAGUCAUGGAAGCUGCGAGAAGAAUUUUUGUGGUAAGCAAAAGUACCUCAACCAGAAUACGGUGGAACACUGGCUUAUGACUACAAUGUUUCCAUGACAACAUAGUUAUUACUAAAAUGUCUGUGACCACUUCAUUGACGGGGGUGUGUCGUGGCUGUCCAGUUCAAUUUGUUAAUAUUUCAAAUAACGCUUCCUUGUGUGCCAUGAAACUUAAUGUUACUGAAAAAAUACUUGUUAAUGAUUCACAGCAUUAUUAGACUGCAUGGGCGUCGGUUCUUUUCUAAAAACUGGUUUAAUGUAGCUUAAAUCUCCAGUCUAGCUCUUUGUAUUUCAGCCUCGCUCAAGACCUUUUGUUUGACUGCUCGCACGUACUUGAAUAUUUAAAAAAUAUGGAUUGUUUUGCAGUCUACAGCACUAUAAUCAAACGUUACAAACAAAAACAUGAAUUUUAAAAAACUGUUAGGAUAAGUUUUCAAAAACCCACAAUUGCAAUCUGUUUUAAUCUUCUUCAAGUUUGUUCAUCCCUGCCUUUUUUGCAAGAAAGCAAACUGAGUUGGUUUCAUCAAUUCUUUCCUUUAGGAUCAUGUCAAUAAAAUUGACCCAGAUGGCUACCUCUGUCUUGGAGCUCACAGCAUUCAAGGGGUUCAAACAGGAGUGAUGUUAUGGAGUCCAGGUUUGAAUAUUUGAAUAUUUUGCACACCUCAUGUUGUCUUUUUGUAUUGGGUAUUGUUGAAAUAAAAAAAAAUAUAACACAAACCAAGAUAUUAUUCAACCUCGUAAAGGCAUACGUCCGGCUACAACAAACCUACACAACAUUUUCAUUUCCGGAAGGUUUCAAUUAUACACAUUUUUUUGUUGGGACAGUACACAUAACACUCUCUGUCUAAAAGGGAAAAAAAUUGAAAAAACUAGACAGAACAAGUGUUAGAAUUUCGUUCCUUCAAUUACUCUGGUCCCUAGGUUUACAAUACUAGGUAGAAUAAGUGGUAUGGCCACAACAAAAACUCCUUUGAAAUGUGAACUUUUUCAAUAACAAGAAAUUUACUUUUUUAUCUUUUUUUGCCAGAUUCCUUAAGAAAAAGUUCUCCUCGAGUAGAACUUUCGAAAAAGAGUAAUCCGUGUAUUAUUCAACUCAAGGGUAAGUACAAUAGCAUUGUUUUAUCAGCUUUGCCUGAUAUGGCAGGGAUAUCACAACAGCUUGUGCCAAUCACUCUCUACCCCAAACAGUCCCUUUCUUAAACACCCCAUCAGAAGAUAGACCGCACCGUGGGGAUCUAGUAUCCCCAGCUUUUUCAGAUAUGGCAAGGACAUUACAAUAGCAUGUGCCAAUCACUCUGGUCCCCAAGCAGUACCUUCCUUAAACACCCUAUGAGAAGAUAGACCACGCCCUCGGGAUAUAGGUGCUUCAACAGUUGUGUGGGUUCUUUGACUUUUAUUUCCCCUUUCAACUGAAGAGGAAGGACUCAAGACAAUUGGGCUAGUUGACAUAGAUAGAAGUGGGACGGUAAUAUUAAAUAUUACCAAUUUGGAAUACGGUUUCUCCAAACUCCAGUUAUUUUUUAUCUUUUCAAAAUAUAAAUACACCUAAAAAAAUAAAACUGAAGAAAACGUUCCAUUGGCUGCAUUUACAAAAUAGUUUUGAUAUUAAAAUUAAGUUUUUAAUUUGCUGGGUUAAGUAUUGUGCAACCCCAACGUACACUAAAAUUAAUUUUUUUGUGGCAUGCAAAAGAAAGUAUUUUAUCUUUUCUCUAUUACUACUUGUUUUCAAUCUUUGCAAUGACACAAUUCUAUUUUUUAACUGUUCUUGUAGAUGGAAGCCAUUUCUCUUGUGAUUCUCUCGUUUAUGAUACUUUGCUACCGAAGGAAACUAUAGAGGUAACAGUUUUCUGCAUUUUAAGGAAUUGUAUGUCUCCACGCCGCUGUGUAUUGAAUAAUAUGACAGGGUUCGCAAAUACGCCAAAUUUGGCGUAUUUUACGCCAAAAUUGAUCAGAUGACUCCACAGAGGUUACGGAGGGAGUCACUUCGACUUCAGAAAUUUUCGGUAACAAACAGGGAGCCACUUCGACUCCAGAAAUUUUCGGUAACACACACAGUUUUGUCCCUACCUUUUUCGCAACAAAUGCAAUUUACGUUAAUUGUAAACGUUGCAAACCUUAAUUAAAUCAUCAAAAUUAAAGAAUGAUACUGCACGACAAAACAGGAAGAGGGUAAAUUACGAUCAAAGUUUACUCGAUGACCGCCAUCAUGGAUUUAAGCUUUCUAGGUCAGUGGACCCCCACAGCUACACCGUGUAUCCAUCACGAUAGUUAUUCAUGCCAGGACCACGUGCUGUAAAGUCUGAAAAUGGCUUUUUUCGUUGUGAUACUUGACUCCAAAUUUUCCAAAAUGACUCCAAAAUUUGUGAAGCGGAAGUCACAGUGACUCCACUCAUCAAUAAAAUUUGCAAUCCCUGAAUAUGUGUGUUACAUAAACUCUUUCAAAGUCAUAUUAAAAAAGUAUGUCCAAAUUUGAUGUUACAAAAACUAAAAUAUGUGUCAUGUUUAAGUACUUUUCUAUAUGUUUUUGUUUGAAUCGUCACACGAAAGGAUUUAUUUUACAGAUGCAAAGGUUGGAAUCACAAACUAUAGAAAAUAAAUAGUACCAUGUGAAAGCAUUGCUGAAGAGGUUUUGCGUCAGUCAAACUCUGUAAUUUUGUGUCUUGGAACUUAAAUCUUGCAUUUUAAGGAUUUUCGCCCAGUACAUGGUUGUUACGAGGGAAUAUUUCUAAUUGAUUGAAAUGCCGUGUCAUGUCUCCACUCCUAACAGAAAUAUGUUGAGGAUUUGUUGGAACACAGGCAUAUUGUACUGUGUGGACAGCAAAGCUUAGGCAAGUCUUACUUGGCAGCUAAGUUAGCGGAACACAUUGUCCAACGGUAAGAAAUGUUUUUAUAAGAAACAUAACAGAGCUUGUUAAAUACUUGAAUUCCAACGUUUCCUUUGGGCGAGCCGUUCUCACAUUUUGCUGUUGCCCCGGGUCAUUCCUUGCUUGUUUUAGUAAAUGAUUUAGUUAGAAGUGGGCUUGAAAGGUUUGGUUGUCCAGUAGUAAAACCUAAUUGUCACGACGAGACGACAUCAUUGUUCUGUAGUGCCCUGCAUAAAUUCUAGCCUGCGUAGCAGGCGCUAGGAAAUAUAUGGGCGCAAGAAAAAACGCGCGCCCUCGCGCGCCCUCGCGCGCGCCCGUUCUUUCUUGCGCCCAUUUACUUCCUAGCGGCUAUCUCCCUCGCGCGCGCCCGUUCUUUCUUGCGCCCAUUUACUUCCUAGCGCCUGUCUCCCUCGCGCGCGCCCGUUCUUUCUUGCGCCCAUUUACUUCCUAGCGCCUGUCUCCCUCGCGCGCGCCCGUUCUUUCUUGCGCCCAUUUACUUCCUAGCGCCUGUCUCCCUCGCGCGCGCCCGUUCUUUCUUGCGCCCAUUUACUUCCUAGCGCCUGCUACGCAGGCUACAUAAAUUCUGAUCAGUUUAACAUUUUAAAAUGGUUGUUGAGUUUGUUAGCAACUGAAGUUAUGUCAUAACAAAGCGGACGAUGCUGUUUUGAGUUUAAUAGUUGGUUGCUGAUUUGUUGAAGGACGUAAUAAGAAUUAACAAACGUUUUUGCUGUCUUUUCUCUUCCUUUCUGUCCUCUGUUAGAUUUUUAUAAGUUCGUUUGAAAAUCUAUCAAAUACUAAUUUUCACCCAUAUUUUUUUUAACUCAGCGUUGGAUGGAAGUGCUCUCCAGCAGUGGUCACUUUCAAUGUCUCACAAUCAACUCGAAAGGUAAGCAAGCCAUCUGGAGUAACAAGUACCUGUUAACCUGAUGUAACCCUGGUACUGGUAGAAGUCGAAAUUCUUUGUGGAGUUCUUGAAGUUUCACAAGAAUGUUUUCUUUAUCCAGUCUCAGAUGUAUGCAUCUCCGUUAAUUCUCGUGUUUCUAUUUUUAAAGGAGCUGAAACAAAGUCUCGCAUCUUUCAUGCAGAGUGACAUCUCAAGGUAUUUUCUAUUUGAUUUACUUGCUGAAAUCCAAUGGUACAGCUCAAAUUUAAAAUAGGUCACUGCAUCACUAGAACUACUUAUUAUAAUUUUGCCCUGAAAACUAAGGACAUGGCGUAAGAAAUGCAUUGGCGUUUACAAAGAGUGUACACGAACAGUAACAUUGGGGCUAUUCCCGGGAUGUAUCGUUUCCAUAGAAGCUUGACGUUGCGUUGGUAUGGCUGGUGUUUUCGUCAUGAUGUGACGCCCAUAACUUAUUUUUGUCCAGUUACUCAGUCUUUGACGUGUUAUUCCUUUCUAUAAUUCUAGCAAGUAGUGUGGUUAUUGUCCACAGUUUAUGCCAGGUAUGUGAUAUUACUUGUAGUUUUUAAAUUUGGUACCCUGUUUAUACUUUUCUUUCUCAGUCCUCAAGAAGGCAGCCCUGCUGUGAUUGUUCUCGAACAGCUUAAUUGCUUAGCUACACUGGCGAGCAUCUUUGACCUCUCCAUUCUCGACAACAAAAACUGGUAGGUGAUGUAGAUUUCUUGUAAUCAUUCAUAACCCUGCUACGGACCACAUAACUCAGACAGAAACUCUACAAUUUGAGCAAGCUAUCUCGAGAGGGGUAAAGGUUUUUUAACAGGCCUGCAAAUAACAGUCGGUCAUCGGACUGUGGCAUUAAUGCUUUCAAGUUUGUCCUGUUUGAUUUCAGUCCAUACAUUAUUGGAGUUCGGGACAAGAGCAGAAGAGGGCCUUUCUCUUCAAAGGAGCUAAACUUAUGCCAUUACUUCAGGUAAGUCUGUUUCAGCCAGUUACCCAUCCAGCUAUUCAUUUCAUUGGUAAGUCAGUUUGUAAUUUACUCGGCCAUUUAAUUGACCAGCCAGUCAGCCAGUCAUGAUGUGUCAGUCAAUUAGCGAGUCAAUUAUAUUAUCAGUCAGUUAGUCAAUUAGUCUCUCUUUAAAAUGACUAGACAACUACAUGUAUGCUUACCAGUAAUUGUGUUUUUGCCAUUGUAGGUGGUUACGUGUGUCUGUUAAUGACAGACAGUACUCUGGACUUCUGGGCAGAUUCUUGAGGCGCAAGUUAAGCUGGGCUCAAAUCCAAACUGAGUAAGUAGUCACGUAGCAAUAUCCGUUUGCUUCCUCUAUGCUCCCUAGCAAACAGCAAUUAAUUAAAACCUUACGUAACCCUUUUACUCUUAAUAGUGGAAAAUGUAUAAAAUUCCAAAUAUCUCAGUUUUAUAAAACCAAAGAAAUAAAUAGCACUAUCAGAAAGUUCUGCCAAAGAGGUUUUAUUCUAAUGGUAACACCGUAGGAUUUGGUCCACAGACUCAAAAGUUAGAACUACAAACUAAAUAAAUAGUGCCACGUGAAAGUACUGCUGAAGAGGUUUCAUUUAAAUGGUAACACCAUAGGAUUUCAUCCACAGACUCAAAAUUUAGAACUACAUACUAAAUAAAUAGUAGCAAGUGAAAGCACUGCUGAAGAGGUUUCAUUUGAAUGGCAACACGAUAGGAUUUCAUCCACAGACUCAAAAGUUAGAACUACAUACUAAAUAAAUAGUACCAUGUGAAAGUACUGCUGAAUGGGUUUCAUUAAAUGGUUACACCAUAGGAAUUUAUUCACAGAAGUACUGGGUUUAGGUGUGAAACAGCAAAAAUGUUUAAAGAGAACCCCAUCCCAUCCUUCCCCUUGCCUCUCCUCCCCCAAGAAACGUGUCUAAACCUCGUGGGCGUGAAAAGUAACUUUGUGAUGAAUACCCCUUAGCUUCGAGACAGAGUGUCUUCCUCUGUAGAGCAUUCUGACACUGUGUGUUUAUCAGCGUUGAAGGUAGUGGUAGAGAUCUGCUGGACUUGUUUGAUUGGCUUUCAAAAGUGUGGUAUCAUCUUAAUGAAAUCCUGGAAGAAUAUUGCGAACCGGAUUCCACUAUUGGUGAGUAAUUUACACCAAAACGUGUCUUUAGUGGUAAACGAUUAUUUAGAAGGAUUUAGUCAUAAUGAAGCUAACAUUCAGGCUAUAAGAAUAUCAAAAAUGUCAAUACUCCUUUGGGCACGAAAGGGAAUAAAAAUUCUGAAUUGUUCGUACGAUAGUGGUAGAAAUUCUUUGAAGAUUGAUAUCGUCGGCCCAGGUCAUACUUUAUCACAUAAUUUUCUCCUAAAUAAUGUGUGCCAAUGUUUUUCCGCCAAGUCUUCGAUUGUCGAAAAAUUUACAUAAAAGAAAGAACAUUGAGAGCACUCGUUCCUCUCUGCGCAGUAAAAGACAGCUUUUGUUUCCACAGAUCUUUAGAAGGUCUUGGUCUGUUGAAAAGAAGAAAAAAGAGAAAGGGAGAAAAUGAAAUGAGAAAAAACCCAAAUUUAUCACUGGUCGUUAGGUUAAGGUGUUGUUUUUUAUCGAUUGGUUGUUUUUACUUCGUAGGUCCUUCAUUGUUCUUCUCAUGUCCAAUGGAUUAUAAAGCCGCCGAGGGCUGGUUCGUGAAUGUUUGGAACUAUAAUGUGAUUCCAUAUCUACAUCAGGCUCUAAGAAGUGGCAGAAAGGUACUGACGAAAAUGCUCCUUUGUCCGCCAUCAGGCAUAGAUUAGAUAUGUUAAAGCUAAGACGAGGGCUUGGUGGGUUUUACAGUAUCUCACCCUUCGCUUUUAUGAGUUCGUACUCAACUGACGCACAAGCAGGAGACGUUUACCUUAGUUGUCAUCACUGUAUCAGGGAUUAAGUGUUAAGAUUGGUUUUCUAAACACCUGGCCCGGGUUGCUCGAAGCAUGGUUAGUGCUAACCAGCGUUAAAUACCAUGGAAACCUAUAUAUUUUGAUACCUCUUAACCAACGGUUAGCGCUAACCAGGCUUCGAACAACCGGCCCCUGUCCGCGUAAGACUUUGAAGUCGCGCGGUCGCGUGUUAUUAGUAGUGUCCUUAAGAUCCGAGAACGGCGACGGUGACGAAAAGUGAAUUCGCGCUCUUUUAAUCUCCAUUGCGGUUAUUCCAAUUCAGUCACUUUUUCAAGUGUUGGCGAACUCUCCUGAAGUUGAAUUAUCCUAAGAACCAUAUCCAAGUUCAGAAAAACCAAAAAGAAAGUUUCGUUUUACGUCCUCCAUUGACAUUUUACGUCCUCCAUAAAAGCGUGAUGACAUUAUUUGUUUUGGGUGGUGUUUCAUGUAACCUGACUUUUGCAUUGUGUUUUGUUCUUUGCGUGACCUGCUUGUGCAGUUCUGAUGAGUUGCAUCUGCAAAUCGUGCAAAGACGAAAGAUAGUGCAGAAAUCGGUUUGACAUGAAGCACCGCCUAAACGCGAAUUUUACACUUUUACCUUCAACAGUAUUUAAAUUGAAAACUGAUGCGUGUUCGUUUAUGAUUAUUAUUAUUUCCCCAGUGAGUUCUGGGCAAUGAUUUACUGUUGCACAGUUUACCUUGAAAUUAUUUUUUAACAGAUCUUUGAUCGAAGUAUCACUUGGGAGGACCCUACAAAAUGGGUGAUCCUAAGAUAUCCAUGGAAUAAGGACCACAGCAGGUUCCUUCACACGCUUCGCAAACUGCGCCAAGUCGAUGUGGUCCUUAAUAGGAACCACCUGGGCUCAGAUAAUGGUGAGAUAAUCUUGCUGUCUUUGUUUAAGGGCUUCGAGCAUUUUCAACUUAAGGGAGUCAUGGGUGAUUCUUACUCUGUGGGUAUUGACAAAAUUAAUUCGACGGUAAGAAAAAGUAAAUUUACGCGUGAUUCAAUUACCCUGUUUCUAAACAUUGGUGGAUAAUGAGAGCAGGAAUUUGGAACUGAACUGAAAACCCAGAACUGGUAUGCAUUCUUCGUAAGCGACAGCUGAAAGUUUUGGAGAAAAACUUUAGUAGAUUUGUCGAACUAAAAACUGUUUUUAUUUUUUAAUCAAAUAGGCGUUCAAGCGGGAAGUUCUUGUGAUUACUAAUCAACGAUUAGUAUGGAAGUGUGGCUUAAUUCACAUAUUUCUGGGAAAAAGGCUACGAACGCACGUUUAUGCGAGUUGCCCUCCUGUAAUAGGCGAAAAUUCCAAUUAUCACUACAAACCGAGAUCGUGAACUGGUUUGAGCACCUUUUAAAUUUAAACCCUCUUUAUAGCUCUUUAUAGAUUUUAAGUAAUUGGUUUUCUGUUAAUUCUUCUCAGUUUGUUUUGCUGAGUGCAUCGAAGAGAAUGAGAAAAUUCUUCGUGCCCAUUCCGCAGUGUCAAAAAGAGUUCGCACUGUUGUCCAGCAGAAAGUUCCAAAGGUAAAAGAACAACGCUCGCAGCUUUCACGGCCAUCUUGGUCUAGCAUUGCAUUACAAUCACUGCUAAAAGCUUCUAUAUGCCACGGCACCUAUUAGCACUAAAAGCUGCUGUAAAAUUAAAUGCAGAAAUAUGAGCUUGAAUGGCUGUUCUUUCACCACAACUGCGCUUUGCUGUAUCUGCAGUAAAAUAGGGAAAUUAUUGACGACCUCCGUUGUAAAUGUAUCGUCGUUUCUUGCAGGGAGAGCUAACUACAAGGCGAAAUGCCGCUGAACAGAAACGACUGCUUGGGAACGAAGAAGACAAAGAUUCCUGUUACUCAGAAACAGACAGCUAUCUGGAAACCAGCAUUUAAACAGUUCAAGGGCGCGUGAAAAAUCUGUGACUUUCGAGGUCAUUUAAGAGCUGAGGCCUCGUUUGUAAUGUGCCAUGCCAUGUCAAAAGCGCGCGAAAGCAAUUAUAUGGCUCAGUCUGUUGCGCAUUUGACUCUGGUGCGAAAACAACUUAGCAGAGAAGCCAUUUAUGCACUGAGGAGAGCGCGCGAUAAGUUUAAAUUGUAUCAUUUGUAAAGUGCACUCCAUUUAAAAAGCGCGCGAAGCCACUUACAUGGUUGGGUCUGGUCGACGCACUUGACUCUAUGGGGCGAAAACAAUUUAACAGUAGUGCCAUUUAUGCACUGAGAAGAGCUCGCGCCAAGUUUAAAAAAUUUGAAUUGCCUUAUUUGUAAAGUGCGCGCCAUUCAAGAAACGCGUUAAAGCGCUUACAUCGUUAGGUAUGUUGCGCAUUAACAUAAAAAUAUGCAAAUACAGUUGGCACAUUUUUUGACGUUUAGGCUUUGUUCACACUAUACAGAGUAGCUUUUCCGGCCGAGACGUCAAGUUUGUCCUAUCCGAUAUGAUUUUCGUGCUGGCGUAAAAGCUAUCCUUUCUCGUGUGAACGUAGCCUUGAUAGCGUUUCGUGUCGGCACCAAAAGCUACCCAGUAUAGUGUAACCACAGCCUUACUUUCGAUGGGGCUCCAUGUCCUGGCGUUGUAACUGAAAUAGCAGUGUUUUAGCAGUGCACUCGCAAAUGAUAUAUUUUAAAAUAUCUUUCACAUAACCGUGAGUAGAAAACAAGGUUAUUUAAAUAUAUGAAGAAACACCAUUAUAUAGUUCGAAUAUUUACGAGUUUUAUGCCUCAAAAAAAGUUGAUUUGAUUAAUAAUAUUUUUGAUAUUGUAUUGCAUUAUUUUUUGACUUUUGAAAUAUAACAGCUUUUUAAAUGUAAUCGUUUCUGGAACAAAAAAGGUUAUGAUUCGUACAUUGUAAAUUUCACUUUUUUAAAACGGAAUCAAGUGUACAGAUGUAGUUGUAAAUUUGUACCCCUUGGUGUGGGUUGGUAUUAUACAGUAAUAAAAAAAUAGUGAUCGUC